UGUCUGAGACAAGUACCACUAGUUCUUAAUUCUGAAACAUCUCCAAAUGGCCACAUACACACGAAGCGAAUCCUUAAUGUUCCUUCUCAUUUUCUCAACUUUAACCUCAAUUUCAGAGCCAUGUCACAUGGUGGACAAAGAAGCAUUACUAGAAUUCAAGAGCAGGAUCAUCUCUGACCCUUCAAAACUGCUGCAUUCUUGGACACCUUCCUCUGACUGUUGCCACAAUUGGGAAGGCAUCGCAUGUGGUUCCACCGGCAGGGUCAUCAGCCUCACUCGAACUGGUGUAGUGUACGACGUCGAUGACAUCCCUCUAGAAACAUACAUGUCAGGAACGUUAUCACCUUAUCUUGGAAACUUGUCAGGUUUGCAAGUUUUGGACCUUAGCAAUCUGAAGCAGUUGCAUGGUCCAAUGCCUCCAGAACUGGCCAAGUUAUCCCACUUGAGAAAACUUUUUCUCUACUCAAACAAGUUCACUGGUGGCAUUCCAGCAACAUUCCAAAACCUUUCACGGCUUGAAAAUUUGUACCUUGACAACAACCAAUUAUCUGGUAAUGUUCCUUCUUCUGUCUUUGCCUCAUUGAAAUAUCUUUCAGAACUUAGUCUAUCUGGGAACAAGCUUUCUGGGAGGAUUCCUUCUUCCAUUGGAAGCAUGGUGUUUCUCACUAGGCUUGAUAUUCACCAAAACAAUUUCCAUGGCAACAUUCCUUUUAGCAUUGGCAAUCUUGUGAAUCUCAAGGGCUUGGAUUUCUCAUAUAAUCAGAUUAGUGGAAGAAUUCCAGAGUCAAUUGGGAGGCUCUCGAAUUUGGUUUUUCUAGAUCUGAUGCAUAAUAGGGUCAUUGGGAGCCUCCCUUUUCCUAUUGGGGAUUUAAUUUCUCUAAAGUUUUGCAGGUUAUCAGAAAACAUGCUAAAUGGCAUUUUACCUUAUUCCAUUGGAAAACUCAAGAAUGUGCAAAGGCUAAUUCUUGAGAACAACAAACUCACUGGGAUGUUACCUGCCACCAUUGGCCAUCUAACCAGCUUAACCGAUUUAUUUCUUACAAACAAUGAAUUCAGUGGCGAAAUUCCACCUUCCUUUGGCAAUUUAAUUAACCUUCAAACACUUGAUUUGUCAAGGAACCAACUUUCUGGUGAACUUCCUCAUCAACUUGCUAAACUAGAUAGUUUGCAAACCUUAGACUUGUCAUUCAACCCACUAGGACUAGCCAAAGUACCCAAAUGGUUUUCCAAAUUGAGAGUUUUUCAGUUAAAAUUGGCUAACACAGGGAUUAAAGGCCAACUUCCACAGUGGCUCUCAUAUUCAUCCGUGGCAACCCUUGAUUUGUCAAGCAAUGCAUUAACGGGGAAAUUGCCUUGGUGGAUUGGAAACAUGACUCACCUUUCCUUCCUGAACCUCUCAAACAACGAGUUUCAUUCGUCCAUCCCGGUGACAUUCAAGAACCUCUCUUCUCUGAUGGACCUUGAUCUUCACUCCAAUAAGCUCACAGGCUCUCUCAGAGUGGUGUUUGAGAAAGAGGUUCAGUUUUCACUAGGCCAUUUCAACACCAUUGACCUAUCCAACAACAAGUUUUGUGGCCCCAUCGGUGAGAACAUUGGAGAAAAGGCCUCAAUGAGUUCAAUUAAAUUUCUUGCAUUGUCACACAACCCUUUGGGAGGAUCUAUACCACAGUCAAUUGGGAAACUGAGAGAAUUGGAGGUUCUGGACCUUGAGGACAGUGAGCUCUUGGGGAACAUACCUGAAGAACUUGGUUCUGUUGAAACGUUAACAAAGAUUAACCUUUCAAAGAACAAGUUAAGUGGCAACAUACCGGACAAGGUCAUAAAUUUGAAGAGGCUUGAAGAGUUUGAUGUGUCAAGGAACCGACUCAGAGGGAGGAUCCCUCCACAUACGGCCAUGUUCCCUAUAUCAGCUUUUGUUGGUAAUCUUGGACUGUGUGGGCCACCACUUCCUCCUUGUAAACUUUGCUAAGUGUUAUACAUUUUUUAUUUAUUUAGACUAAGGAUAUUUUCUAAUCAAUACUCACAUUAAUUCUUUUUGAAUUGCAGAAAUUAUAGAAGCAAGUUUUAUCUCUUCUAAUAAAA